CGAAGUGUAAGGCAAGAGACAGUGACAUGAAAGCCUAACUUCCUUUUUAAUGCCUGCUGCAUUGCUCUGGUGUGAUAUAUAAAGCAAGUACCCUUUAAAGUUUCCAUUUUCAGUGAACUGUCCUUGACAAGAUGGGUGUCUCAAGCAUUCAGCUGCUGUCAGUGCUGCUGGUCUGUGCAGCCAGUACAAAGCAAGCUGAAAGAUCAUAUGCACUGAAAAUGUGGAGCAGUACAGACCAGGCUCUUCGGGAACAACUCAUUUUUAUGUCCAAGGAGAUAGAAGCAUUGAGAAAUGACCAAGGUUUGAUGAAACAGAAACAAGAAGACAUGACACAGGCGAUGCAGCAUUGUACAGAAAUGCAAGCACACGCAGAUAUGGAGGUGAAUGUUACUUCAGUGGGAAAUGGCAGCAUCUUUACACUGGAGGAGGAUGAUGACACUGAUGAAGGAUUCGACCCGUGUAAGAAAUACAAGUCGCUCAACCAAGACUGGAGAGCCACAAACUACACCACCAAGAAUGUUUACUGUGAUCGCAGAAUGCAGUGGAAUGGCUGGUAUCGCUUGUUCUACAGGGGACAAAGCAUCCAAAUGCCUGAACUGUGCGUGAAGAUGGAAAUGUGUGGCACACAUUCCCCGCUGUGGUUAGUCGGUCGCCACCCACGCAAACGUGACGGAAUUGUGACACGCAAAGUUUGUGGCCACUGGAACAGUAACUGCUGUGCCUUCAAAUCCCCUCCCAUCCAAGUAAAAGCAUGCAGUGGCAAUUACUAUGUCUACAAGUUUGUCCAGCCGCAAGCCUGUCAUCUGGCCUACUGUUCAGACGUUAACACUCUUAUCUGCGGGAAAUGUAGGAGAAAUGAAAUUUGUACCAGCAAAGACAAGAUCAAGUGGUUUUGUAAGAAAUCAAAAAGAAGAGUGAAGGCCAAUGUGCAUUUCUUCGCUGCCUACCCUGGCACACUGUCUGGCAAAGUGAACCAAAUCCAGUACAGAAAGGUGUAUGUGAAUGUUGGAAGGACCUUCAACAGUCGCACGGGUGUGUUCACGGCUCCAGUCACGGGCGUAUAUCAGUUCUUCUUCUCCACGCAGACUGCGAAGAAUGGCCUCAAGACUGACCUGUGGCUUGUGGUGAAUGGCUACUGGGUUGCUGUAUCUACCACUCAUGUCAGUGUCUCAAACACAGUAGGAAAUCUUUCAACGUACAUGACCACUCUGCGCAAAGGUUCCCGAGUGUAUGUGACCCAUAACUGUGGCAACUCCUGGGCUAACUCUGCAUCCAACACCAUUAUAUUUGGGGGUUCACUGCUUUUUGUACAAAGUUGAAGGAGCCAUCCUAAUGUGUUUAUUUUUAUAACAAAGAUUUUGGAGCUAUUUUUAAUUUUAAUAACAAAGAUUGGAGCUAUUUUUAAUUUUUAUAACAAAGAUUUUGUAGCUAUUUCUGUUUCAUGUAAAUUGGGAAUUAUGAUUGUGUGUGUGUGUGUGUGUGUGUGUGUGUGUGUUCAUAUACUUUACUUAAUUUUAAACAUGCAUGUUACUGUUUGACUGUUGUCAUUCUUGAGUGCUUUGUUCUAUUUUUGUCCCUGCCAAUUUGUUUAGUAGUCCGGAAAUUUAUGAAUUCUUUUCUCCUCUGUCAUUCACUGCUGAAAAAAAAAUUCCUGCGUUUUGCUUUCUUCUUCUUUUUUUUGGACUAAUAUGCCUAAUCUUGUGUGUAGUCAACUGGUUGCAUUGUAUGAUUGUGAUUCCUUGUUAUGAACAUGGUGGGGCAGUAAAGUAACUUCUGUGUUUAAUAGUAUGAACAUACACAAGAUGGCCCCUUAAACACAGGUUACUUUUAACACACACAUGCCAGGGAACCUGUAUUAAAUUGAAUAAUGUUCCUGUAUGUUGUGUGGUUGUUGAAGGUGUGAUGAGUAAAAUUCCCUGUAAUAUUCAAGAGUGUACUCAGUUAAUACCAAACUGAACCAGGUGAAUGCACUUUGAACUUUCCUAUCAGAUAAAAAGGAAAAAAGUUUUGAAUUACAGCUAAAACAUACAUGAUGUUUUUGAACCAAAUACACUAGGAUUGCCUUACAUGGCUAAAAUCCUGUGAUUACUCCUAUGAUUAUUUUGAUGAUUCACCUCUGAAGCCAGUGC